AAACAACCCUAAGAAUCUACCUGGCAACAUCAAUGCGAUCAUGUAGUUUCAGCUUGCUUAGAAAAAGAUUUGUUGAGAACAAGAUCAUGUUGUUUAUUUAAGUACUUGAAACAACAGGGAAGAUAUUGUAGUUACCAUCAACUAGUAGAUUUUGCAACUACAACUAUUCAUCUUCCAACGGUGAAAAAAGAUAUAGAGACAAAGAUAAGGACAUUGUUCGAGCAAGAUGGCGGAUGCUGAAAAGUUUGAAGCAAGCAAACAGUUCCACUUGGAUUUUUACAAAUCCACUGACGAUGGCUACUCAACAGUGAGCGGAGCGCAAAACAAGGAGGUUGCAAGGUACACAUGUUUAAAAUUAUCGUGAAAUUUGUGUGGCUAAAUGUUCUUAUGCUUUACCGCUGCAGAAGAUUCAUUUUUAGCUCCUUUAGUGUAGAAACAUCGGUUCUCAACAUUCUGCUCUGACAACUGGUGCUGUAGUACAAAACAUCCUUUGUUCCAAUUUUCUACUCUCACACGCACAAAAGAACAGGAUAGCAGAGGAGCGCAAGAAGAAGGCGCAAACUAGGCCUGAAUCUAUAGUGAAUGAUCCAGAUGUUCGAAAAUUGCUCGACAGCUACGAUGAGGCAAAGAAAACUGCCGCAAUGGAUGUAAUCUACUUACUUACCAUCGUUCUUUUUAGAACAGCAUACUAGAAGUAGUAGUAGAGCCAAGGUGGGUCGAAAAAAUCGAUUUUCUGUAGACAAAUUCCGUUGUAGCAAGAAUUAUCUGCUUUACAAGUAUAUUCCGGAUAGUUACAACUACAACUCCUGGUUACCAACAUGUAGUUGCGUUCUCCUAUGAACCAGAUUCUGUCCAAAAAAAGUGGUCCUCAAACAACUCCAGACCAAAUUACAAGAUUGGGUGAAGACAAGGAUGCGACGAGACAAUGUCGCGAACCUCUUCCAAACGCCGAAGAUACGGGAAGAGGAACCGACUACCGCUACCCAAUUUCAACCCGUUGUCGAUGCUGAGCCAGUGGAUCGAACGUAUCUGAAUUCCUUUUUAGUCUAACACACAAAAAAAAGUGUAUCACAAAAAAAAAGUGUAUCACAAAAACAAAGUGUAUGAAGUAGAGACACAACAAAAAAUGCUGAAUUUCACUUCUCGCUUACUAUGAUGAUGUAGCUGGAGAUCAAGGUGAAUAAUAUGCAGCAUGAAAUGAUCGAUGUUGGACGUCACUGACUGUUCUUAAUACAUCCUUGAAAUGAAUUAGUCUUCAAAAUAAACAGGUAUUACUUUAAGCGGGACGACUUCAAGGAUUACAGCGAGGAUCUGAUAAAAUAUAAGCACACGAUGCGCUAAGGAAGAGUCGUCGCACACAAAGACAAGAAAGACUCUUUGAUAUUGAAGCAAUUAUACUGAAGAAUGUCACGACAAAAUAUAACAUGAAACUACAAAAAACAAACGAAGGGCAUCCCCCACGAACAAUCAAGAAUGUGUGAAAACCGUUACGUACCACCUUAACAGGCUCCAGAGGAAGGAGGCGCUCUAUCGGGCUCUCAUCAUCUGUGUUAGGAAAGCAAGCGAAUGACAACACGACGAUUGUAGGGUACUAAACCCCAUAGUGUCCUCUUUAGACAAAUAGAAG